AUGCCAAUCAAAUAUAGUUGCAUAAAUGAUGGCACCACACUAUUGGCGGAGUACCCACCGGGUGAACAACCCAAAUUGGCGGAAACCAUGCAGAAAGUCAUUGCCACUGUGCCUGCUAAAGAGUACAGACGAAAGACCAUUGAAGAUAAAGAGGGCGGUGUAAAUUAUCAUUACAUCAGCAACGGCGAGGGCCGCAUUAUCGCCUGCGUCACUACUAAUGACAUGCGCAUGCGAACAGUCUUUGCCUUUCUGGAGGCGGUGGAGCCCCUCGUGCGUGGAAAUGUAGGCCCGCCAGGCACGGAACUCCGCAAUGGGAAGAAACUCCUUCAGCAAAAGAUGGACUUUUAUAAUAAUCCACAAAAUGAUAAAAUAACAGCUCUCAAUGAUGACAUUAAUCAAGUAGUAGAUGUCAUGAUGGACAAUAUGGAUAAAGUCCUCGCCCGCGGGGAUCGCAUUGACACGCUUCAUGAGAAAUCCACCACACUAGCCGAUCAGGCCCAACAGUUUCAACAGAGAUCAACAGAACUUAAACGGAAUAUGUGCCUGAAAAAUAUGAAACUUACACUUAUGAUUAUUGGCACUGUGGGCGUUAUUAUUCUUAUUAUUGUUCUUAUUGCUUGCAAACCAAACUUCUCCAACUGCAAAUAA